AUUAAUCUGAGGAAUCUUCACCAUGGCGGUCAGAAGUUCCAGCUCCGCUUCACAGCGACCCUAUCACCUGAUUAUCUACGGAGCUUCAGGCUUCACCGGCCGCUUCGUGCUGGAGGAGGUGGCGCGCUGUGCCGCGGAGGGUCCGGAGGGGAGGCUGAGCUGGGCCAUCGCGGGGCGGAACCGGGAGAGACUGGAGAGAGUCCUGAGGGAGAGUGCUGAGAUACUGGGGAAGCCCGAGCUGCAGUCGGAGGUGCAGAUCAUCGUGGCGGACGUGGAGGAUCCAGAGUCGUUAGAUGCCAUGUGUAAACAAGGACUGAUUGUUCUCAACUGUGUGGGACCAUACAGGUUCUAUGGAGAGCCGGUGGUGAGGGCGUGUGUGGAGAACGGGGCUCACUGUGUGGACAUCAGUGGAGAACCUCAGUUUUUGGAGGGGAUGCAGUUGAACUAUCACCCCCGGGCGGAGGACACAGGCGUGUACAUCGUGGGGAGUUGUGGCUUCGACUCCAUCCCGGCGGAUCUGGGUGUGCUUUACACCAGAGAGAACUUCAAAGGGACCCUGACGUCGGUGGAGAGCUUCCUCACAGCCACCUCAGGACCAGAGGGAGCUUCUAUCCAUGACGGGACGUGGCAGUCGGCGGUGUACGGACUGGCCGACGGCACCAAGCUGAAGAGCCUGAGGAAGAAAUUCAACCACAAACCGCUGCCCACGGUCGGAGCCAAAAUAAAACGGAGGGGUGCUCUGUUCUACAGUAAUGAGAUCCAGCAGUACUCUGUACCGUUUAUGGGAGCCGAUCCAUCAGUGGUGAAGAGAACACAGCGCUUUCUCACCGAGGAGUAUCAACACACUCCUGUUCAGUAUGGAGCGUACGCCGGUGUGGGUGGAAUCUCCUCCGCUAUUAAACUCAUGUUCGCCGGAUUCUUCUUCUACCUGCUCGUCAACUUCAGCUUCGGCAGGAAACUCCUGAUCAAGUUUCCAGAGUUUUUCUCUUUCGGAUAUUUCUCCAAGGCCGGUCCAACCAGGAAGCAGAUGGAAGGAUCUUCAUUCCAGUUUGCGUUCUAUGGUGAAGGUUACACUGAAGGUCAGGAUCCAUCUCAGGGGAAACCCGACGCCAAGAUCCGCACCCUCGUCCAGGGACCAGAGGCCGGGUACGUCGCCACCCCGAUCGCGAUGGUGCAGGCGGCUCUCACCAUCCUGAACGAACCCGAAAAUCUGCCCGAGAGAGGUGGCGUGUACACCCCCGGAGCCGCCUUCGCCAAGACCUCCCUCAUCAACCGCCUGGAUAAACACGGCAUCCAUUUCUCUGUGCUGUGAACACGCCGCAGUUACCUAGCAUUCCGCGGAGUAUGAGAUUAGCAUUGGCGCUAACCGCGAGUAAACAUCGUAACGUGUUUUUCUUUAAUCAAAAAUAAUUCUCGGGUUCAUCUGGCUUUGACUAGCAAAAGUAAAUUAGCCACGCGUAGCUGUGUUUAGCCUGUAAAGCUUCACAUUCCUGUAUAUUUUACACCAGCUCUGAAGGUUGAGGGUUCAAGUCCCACCGUUUGGUUUGUCAAUAUUGAAGCGACUCCAGAAUGUUUGGUCUGAUUGUGAGAGGUGUGACAAACAGUAGACUAGCAACACCCUUACAACCACCUGAGGUACUCAGAAUGUUAAUAAUUAACCAACAACCGUUUGAUUAACGCUAUUAGUUCAAAAUCAUUCAACUAGUUUCUGAUUUGUACCAUUAAUAUGAGCACAAGAAAUGUCAGCAGUUAUAAAACACAUAAAGAAUCAGGACAGGAGACGAGAAACACUCAGCAGGAAGGAUUUUAUUCUGUAUUUGAUGUUUUUGGGGGUCACGUGUUUGGUUUGUGUUUUUGUUGAGAGCUUCAGAAUGUUUGCAUGUUCUUCACUAAUGUUUGCACUAAUGAAUAAACCAGCUACUGUUAAAUAUAAAUAAAUAAAAGAUGAUUUUUGAGUCUGA